AUGAAGCUCCUCCCAGUUCUCACUAUCUUCUUCGCCGGCGUCCUCGCUACUCCUCCUGGUUAUGGUGGUGGCGGCGGCGGCGGCGGCGGUGGUAGCAAUUUUGAUGCCUGCCCUGGAGCUCUCUAUAGCCAGACUCAGUGCUGUAGUGCUGGUGUUGGUGAUAUUGUUGAUAUUGACUGUGCCAACCCUACUAUUGCUCCUACAAGCAUCAAUAGCUUCAAGGCCAAUUGUGCCAGUAUUGGCAAGCGUGCCCGUUGCUGUACUAUCCCUAUUCUUGGACUAGGUGUUCUCUGCCAGAGCCCUGAUAGCACUUAA